UUUAUUUGACAAUUUGUCUGCCCAUUUUUCAGUUCUCACAACACCCUUUCCCUACGAGAAUUCAUUAAUUUCAGUUAAUUAAUUUCUAUAAUCGGAGGUUUCUUCCUUUUCAAGGUGAAGUUUCACACGUGGAUCGUAUAACAGAAUGGCGUUAUUAUUACACAAAAUAAGGCAUGCGACCGUUUCUGACUGUGAAGACAUUGUCCGUCUCCUGCAGGAACAAGAACAAACUGGAAAGAAGAGAAAACCACUUUCUGUUGAUGAGCUAAAAACCCACUGCUUUGAUGGAGAGAACUCUUUUAAUAUCCUCAUUGCUGAAAUGAAUAAUAAAGAUUCUUCUAAAAAUGACAACAACAUUCCAUUGGUUGGCUAUCUCCUCUACAACUAUCACUUCUGUGUAUUUGACUCCAAGAGUUUACGAAUCACUGAUGUCUAUGUCUCUGAAGUCACAGAACAUAAAGAAAACAUCUUGAGAGAUCUUGUUGGCCAUUUAGUCAAGGUAUUGUUUAUAUAUUUCUAUAUUCAGAUGUCUGUACAGGAAGAGUGUGACCACAUAAGAUGGACUGUAGGGAACAACAACUAUCUUGAAAACAUUACCAAAUAUUUUGAAGCAUUUAAUAUGUCAAAGGAUGAUGGUUGGUUCUUUUUCAAACUUGGAAAAUCUCAAGUGGAUGUAAUUAACAAAGGAAGUUAAUUUAAUAGUGAUAACCAAUUUU